ACGGGGCAGCCGGAGCUUCGCCAGCCUCACUUUCUCGGAUCGCGCGGAGACCGCAGCCUGCCUGGGGCUGCGAGCUGUGCCGCAUACAGACCUGUGCGUGUGCCUCUCUCUAUCUCUUCUCUCGCGCGUUGCUGCCGGACGCUCGCUCGCCGCACCCGGGCGCGCACAGCGGCGGGUAGGGCUGCGGGGCGGGCAGGGCGGCGGGGCAGCGGCGCUCCGGGCUUGUCCGCGGGGCAGCGGCAGCGCCGCAGGGCUCAGCUCCUCCCGGAGCUCGCGCGUAUAUCGGCGGCGAUCGCCGACGUUCGCUGACGGCCGGCGCGGCGCAGCGGUAGCGACGGGCGCGGGAUGCGGUCCGGCCGCCCUCCGGGGCGGUGAGCGGGAGAGCCGAGACGCCCCGCCAGCCGCGGCCCUGCGCCCUGGGGUGCGGAUCGGCGGAGGAGCCCGCGCUCGGUGCCGCGCCGUGCGGUGCCGCUCAGUGCCCUAGCUCCCAGAUGGCCAACUCCCAGAACGGUCGGAACCCACGCAAAGGACGGAUCCUGGGCUUCAUCGACGCCAUUCAGGAUGCUGUGGGCCCCCCCAAGCAGGCAGCUGCCGACCGGAGGACUGUGGAGAAGACCUGGAAGCUCAUGGACAAAGUGGUGAGACUGUGCCAAAACCCAAAGCUUCAACUCAAAAACAGCCCGCCCUACAUUCUUGACAUUUUACCAGACACCUAUCAACAUUUGCGACUUAUACUGAGCAAAUAUGAUGACAACCAAAAACUUGCACAACUCAGUGAGAAUGAGUAUUUUAAAAUCUACAUUGAUAGUCUCAUGAAAAAAUCGAAACGGGCUAUCAGACUCUUCAAAGAAGGAAAGGAAAGAAUGUAUGAGGAGCAGUCACAGGACAGGAGGAACUUAACUAAGCUGUCCCUCAUCUUCAGCCACAUGCUAGCAGAAAUCAAGGCUAUUUUUCCAAAUGGCCAAUUCCAGGGUGAUAACUUUCGUAUCACCAAAGCAGAUGCUGCAGAUUUCUGGAGGAAGUUCUUUGGAGACAAAACUAUAGUGCCAUGGAAAGUGUUCAGGCAGUGCCUUCAUGAAGUUCAUCAGAUAAGCUCUGGUUUGGAAGCAAUGGCUCUUAAAUCUACUAUUGACUUGACCUGCAAUGACUACAUUUCAAUUUUUGAGUUUGAUAUCUUCACUAGAUUAUUUCAGCCAUGGGGUUCAAUCUUAAGGAACUGGAACUUCUUAGCUGUGACACAUCCUGGAUAUAUGGCGUUCCUGACAUAUGAUGAAGUGAAAGCAAGAUUGCAGAAGUACAGCACAAAGCCUGGGAGCUACAUUUUCAGACUGAGUUGCACUCGCCUGGGGCAGUGGGCCAUUGGGUAUGUGACUGGUGAUGGGAACAUACUGCAGACCAUACCUCACAAUAAGCCUCUGUUUCAAGCUUUGAUUGAUGGCAGUCGGGAAGGAUUCUAUCUCUUCCCAGAUGGACGAAGUUACAAUCCUGAUCUGACAGGAUUAUGUGAACCUACACCACAUGAUCACAUAAAGGUCACGCAAGAACAGUAUGAAUUGUACUGCGAAAUGGGUUCCACUUUUCAGCUAUGUAAAAUCUGUGCAGAGAAUGACAAGGAUGUAAAGAUUGAGCCUUGUGGACACCUUAUGUGCACCUCUUGUCUUACGGCAUGGCAGGAAUCUGAUGGCCAAGGCUGUCCUUUCUGUCGCUGUGAAAUCAAAGGAACUGAACCAAUUAUUGUGGAUCCGUUUGAUCCAAGAGAUGAAAACUCCAGAUGUUGCAGUAUUAUCGAUAGCUUUAGUAUGCCCAUGUUGGACUUGGAUGAUGAUGAUGAUAGGGAGGAGUCUUUGAUGAUGAACAGAUUGGCUUCAGUCCGAAAGUGCAAUGAGAGGCAGAAUUCACCAGUGACUUCACCAGGAUCUUCCCCUCUUGCACAAAGAAGAAAACCACUUCCAGAUCCCCUGCAAAUCCCACAUCUUAGUCUUCCACCUGUACCUCCUCGUCUGGAUCUUAUUCAGAAGGGAGUAGCACGGUCUCCAUGUGCCAGCCCAACUGGAUCACCAAAGUCUUCUCCUUGUAUGAUGAGGAAACAAGACAAACCCUUGCCAGCACCACCGCCACCCUUGCGUGAUCCUCCGCCACCCCCACCAGAACGACCUCCUCCAAUUCCACCAGACAACAGGAUAAGCAGACACUUGCAUCAUCCAGAAAGCGUGCCUUCCAGAGACCAGCCAAUGCCCCUUGAAGGCUGGUGUCCCAGAGAUGUGUUUGGGACAAGUCAGUUAGUAGGAUCUCGAACGGGGAGUGACACUUCUCCCAAACCAGGACUGACUGCUGUUUCAAACAUGAAUGGAAGGCACAACCGCAUAAGUUCUGAGCAAGGAUUUAUGAGAAAGCACAGACGUCACGAAUUGCCUGUGGAAGGUGCCAAGGUAUUUUCAAAUGGUCAUUUGAUAAAUGAAGAAUACGAUGUCCCACCACGGCUUUCACCUCCUCUUCCAGCUGCUUCCACCAUCCCUGGUAUAAAGUGCCCUGUUUCCUCAGCAAAUUCUUUGUCUGAUAAAUCAAGGGAUCAUACAGAUGAUGAUGAUGAAUACAAAGUUCCUUCUUCACAUUCUAUAAUACUGAGCUCUCAACCACCUCAUUGUCAUAAUAUAAAACCUGUUGCUCGGGUUUGUGAGAAUGGUCAAUGUGUUGGAGUAACAAAUGGAACACACAGUGCUACUUCGGAUGUGAAGAAAUCAAAACAUCCAGAGUUAGGAGAUGUCUAUGAUGCACCUACUGUUCCGGUACCUUUGCCACCUGCACGGCCUCCUACCAGAGACAACCCAAAACACAGCUCUUUGCUCAACAGGACUCCCUCCGAUUAUGAUCUUCUGGUGCCCCCUUUAGGUGAGGAUGCGUUUGAUAGCUCACCUCCUUCACUACCACCACCACCACCACCUGCUAGGCACAGCAUCACUGAGCACACGAAACCGUCUGGCUCAGGAAGUCGACCUCCCUCAGGACAUGAACUGUUCCCUCAUCCUGAUCCUCAUUUUGAUCCAAUAACUGGUCAUGUUCCCUUGCCGCCUGUUCGUAGAGUAACUGGAGAGAAUGUCAAAACAAAUAGGAAUUCACAAGACUAUGAUCAGCUUCCUCCCUCUUCAGAUGGUUCACAAGCACCAGCCAGGCCCCCUAAACCACUUCCUCGGAGGACUGCACCAGAAAUACACCACAGGAAAGCAUUCAAUUCUGACAGUUCCACGGAAAAUGUGGAUGCAAAAAUUGCAAAACUAAUGGGAGAAGGCUAUUCCUUUGAAGAAGUCAAGAGGGCACUUGAAAUUGCCCAGAAUAAUGUUGACGUGGCUCGUAGUAUUUUAAGAGAAUUUGUCUGUUUUCCUCCACCAGUCUCCCCACGUCUCAAUCUAUAGCAGUGUGAAGAUUUUCUUGGAGCAUGUGAAUUCUACAUAUACAUGUGUGGACUGGGAAAUGAGAGGAAGAAGAGAAGAGAAUAUUUUUUCUUUCAUCUUUAGCAGGAGGCUGUCUGUUUCCAGCCGUGCUCAUGGCUGCUCUGAUCAAGACUUAUAAAUAUGCUGAGGCUUAUGUAUUUUUGCUAGCCAUACUUUUUUAAAUCAGGGUUGAACUGACAAAAUAAUUUAAAGAAGUUUACUUCCCUAGAACUUUUAAUCUGUGAAAUGCUUUUUCUUGUUUACAAGUUGAUAAGUUACAGUUUUCUAGUUGAUGUCUGUACUAUGUUCCUGUUCAUGUCCCCUUGUACUUUUGGUCAGUUCUGCUGUAGCAUUCCCAACAGUUUCCAUGCUGACCACCCAACAACUAAAUCAUCACUUUCUAGAAA